GUGUUUUCUUCAAUCCCCUUCAUUUGCUUCAUCUUUUUCUCUCUCUUCUCUCGCAAAUCCUUCCAAUCCGAAAACCCUAGCGCCAUCGUCACUUUCGAAUUCCGGCUGCCACAGACCUCAUCUUCCAAAAUUGAACCGAUCAAAUUGUUUCUUAUCAUCUCUUCUUCGAAAGCCCUCAAUCAAUUUUUGAUUUUUAUAUGGAGGAGCAAUUCAUACUUAGAGUUCCACCUAAUGUUGCGGAGCGGAUUGAGCGUCUUUUGAAUGAAAACAAUGCUUCUUCAUCUGAAGACAAGUCGCUAGAUUUGCAAUUUAGCGAUGAUGGAAGAAGCGGAACGUUUGUGAUUGGGGAUGAGCAUUUCCCAGCUUCUCUGCUGGACCUUCCUGCUGUCGUUGAAUCUUACAAGACUUAUGAUGAUAACUCUUUGGUUAAGACUGCUGAUAUUGGUCAGAUGAUUAUGGUGAGGGAAUCUGGUGAUGCUGCUCCAGAUGUAAUUGAGUAUCGACAUGGUCUCACCCCUCCCAUGAGAGAUGCCCGUAAGCGUAGAUUCCGCAGAGAGCCUGACCUUAAUCCUGAGCUUGUCUCUCGUGUUGAGAAAGAUCUUCUCAAAAUCAUUGCUGGAGGAACGGCUGAAAAUAUUGAUGUGGAAGUAGCUGAGCAAGAAGGUGGUGAGAAUGCUCGAGGUGCUAAUAAAAAACCUGCAGCUACAUCCGCAUCAAAGAAUGAUGUUCCAGAGACUCAUACAAACGCUGGGGAUGCUGACAGGAGUGACUCUGAUGACUCUGAUGACUCAGUUUAACCGAUAUUAGCUAGCUACCAAGGAGCAUUUAUAUCAGAUGAAUGCUUGCAACACCUUUCUUGACAUGUUCUUGAACACUCUUUAUGAUUUAGACUUUUUUUUUUUUAAUAGUUGAUUUGGUUGUCUCACUUUUGAAAAAUAUACCCACCUUUUUAGAAAUGAAUCAAUCAUAAAAGAGUAUCAGAAAGGUGUUUUGUUGGCAUUCACUAUGUAUAAUCAUGUGCUGUUGAAUUUGAAUCCCGUUUAGAGGAAUAAGAUGGGCUGCAAUUGAUUUGUUAUCCCACAUUGUGCAUUUUGGUACAUCAUUUGUUGUAUUUUAACACCAUUUUUUAUUGUGCAACUGCCUUUAAGGUCCUAAUUUACCCAGCAUAUAUAUGAGAAUAAGAUUAACCAUUUGUUUUUUAA